AUGGCAAACCCUGAAUAGUAAUUUUUAUCAAGUGACUAUCUCUUCAAGCUUCUUCUAAUUGGGGAUUCUGGAGUCGGAAAAUUAUUUUUUUUUAAAUUUUUAUAUAAAAAAUAAUAAAAUUAUUUUUUUUUUUUAAUUUUUUUUAAAAAUUCUCGGAAAAUCAAGCUUACUCCUUCGUUUCGCUGACAACAGCUAUUCAGAGAGCUUCAUUGCUACCAUUGGAGUAGAUUUUGUAUGGUUCAUGUAGAAAAUAAAGACGGUAGAGGUGGAGAACAAAGUGGUUAAGCUUCAAAUCUGGGAUACUGCAGGGCAAGAGAAAUUCCGAACUAUCACCUCAUCUUAUUAUAGAGGCGCCCAUGGGAUCAUCGUUGUAUAUGACGUAACAAACAGAGAGUCCUUCGAAAAUGUCAAGAACUGGAUGAACGAAAUUACAAGAUAUGCCAGCGAAAACGUGAACCGCCUAUUAGUGGGCAAUAAAGCAGAUUUAGAAGGCAAAAAAGCUGUUACUUAUGAUGAAGGAAAAGAAUUAGCUGAUUCAAUGGGGAUUAAUUUUAUUGAAACUUCAGCUAAAACUUCAGCGAAUGUAGAACAAUCGUUUUUAAGAAUGGCUGGAGAAAUCAAAGGAAGAAUUGCGUCAACUUCGGCAAAAGGCGUACCAAGUACUCAACCAAAAGGACAAAAAUUGGCGGGUGGGAAAUCAUUGACCCAAAAGAAAAGUGGCUGCUGCUAA